GCAUUAUUCACUAUCAUCUUAGAAGCCCGUUAGCCAGCCAGUGUUUCAAUAAGCUUCGGAUCAGUAGCUUUAUUCUUGCAUCAUCAUCAAGUCAAGUUGUCAUUUAUUCGUGGGGUGUGCCCAGUUUAUCACUGCUGAUCAUCAUCUGGCUUGUCAACUUUAUUACUAUUUUCGUUUCGUUCCGUUUGUAAACAGUUACUGUUUACAAUGUUGUGCAAACAAUUCGUGCAAAUCCACUUCGUUAUAGAAUCUUGCUGACAUUAGAUUUCCAUUUCAUGCAAAGUUAAGGUUGUUUCAGUUAUGCCGUCAUUACGUAAACGCGUUUCAAGUUACUUCAGGCAGCUCAGUUUUCAUAAUGAACCUCGAGAAAAACGUCAUAACUUUAUAGAGAAUACAUUUAUCAAUAAAUAUUUACAGGGACAAAUUCGUUUGAGAGAUGGACCUCCUAUUAUAUAUGGGAAAAAUCCGACGGAUCUGCCUAAUUAUGAUUUGGGUACCUACCAGACGGGAUCAAGUAGUAUAGUCGGUUGCUAUACAGGUCCACAUGGUGGUCUCACCACUGUACAAAGAAGCGAAAAGCAUCUAUCAGUAUUGGACCAGGACAUUGACUUCAUCGAUACCCAAGAUGAAGCAAGCGCAGAACAGAAACCAUCACCUGUCGAACCACCAUUAAAAUCUCCGAAUCGCAAUAGCGAUCUUCCCUUGGAUAAUACGACAAUGGUGAUCAAGGUGGCGGGACAGGAGUAUUACGUCACUAAUCGCAGGAAGACGGGGCAUGGGAAAAGCCAGAGCUUGGGCAGCUUAAAGGAUUUCGGUGUCGAAAUCGACACGACUAAAGUGAUCCAAACUGUAGAGAAUAAUAACGUCGGUAGCGGUGAUGAAAUUGAGCGGGUGGUGAUAUUUUGUGAUAGUAGUACUAGUAGUAAAGAGCCUGAACAGAUAUGUGGUGAAGGUAUUGUUGAAGGUGGCGGAAGUAGUGCCGUUGAGGCGGACGUAGCUCAAAAGAAGUUCGCGUUGGCGAAAUCGAAAAGUGAAGGGAACCCGUUCAAUCAUAAGAAACGCGGGAAAAUCACGAGACUUGCUCAACGUCCUGUUGCUGAUGCUGUCAGCGACAAGGAGAACACGUCAUCGACAGCUUCAGAUGACGUAAAUUUACCUCAGGAAUGGAAUCAUAAAACGGAACAUGUUUAUGGACUUUCCGACUCGUUGUACGAUAAAAACCUCAUCACGAAAACGAAGAACGGCGAACCGAUCGCCGAUUGCUUCGGAGUUAUCGCUCGUAAUGAUUCCGCAAUUUUGGCGGUAGCUGAUGGAGUAAAUUGGGGUGAAAAGGCGAGUAUAGCAGCUAAAUCGGCAAUUCACGGAUGUUUGCAUUAUUUAAAUAAAACGAUAUUUCAAGACACGAAACCGUUCGAUAAUCUUGUAAAAUCGGAGGAAGGCAGCGUGAAAUCGGAAACACCAGUGCACGAAUCUCGAAUCGGAAACACGCGCGAAGUGUUCGUGUGUCUUCUACGGGCGUUCAAUUGUGCGCACGAUCUCAUUUUAGAAAACAAAGGGAUGCUCACAACUCUUACCGUGGCCGUGGUACUUCCUCUAAAGCAAAGCAAUGUUCGUAGAACCGAAGGAUCUACCAUUGAAAAUUAUAUAUGCUGCGUAUGCAACGUAGGUGAUACCCUCGCCUACGUGUAUUCUCAAAAGUAUGGAGUUCGGGAAUUGACUAAAGGAUCUCAUGAUAUCAAUUGCAAUCGGGAUAUGAGAGACGCUUUGGGGGCUUUAGGUCCAGUGGAUGGGAUUAAUCCAGAGUUAAGUAAUUUAACGCUGUCGAUUACUACAAUUCAAAAAGGCGAUAUCAUCUUGGUGGCCAGUGAUGGUUUAACAGAUAAUUUCGAUCCUAACGUUUGCAAGUUUACGGUGAACACUGAUCCACCUAAAGUUAGGAAGCCCAGUCAGGGUCAAAUAAGACCGCCACCAAAGAAGGUACCUAUUAAACCUCCGAGAAAAAUAGCACCGCCUCCAUCUGCAGAGACGACGAAUAAACCAACUACUACCUCCAAACCACUAAAACCUGCAACAGCUUCUUCAUCCACUGGCGAUCCACUGGUCGAACAAUUCAUGAAGGAUAACGCUCUACAGCCUAGUCAAGAGAAUAAGCCUAGUCAGAAACCAAUUGUCGCCGUCAGAAAACCUGAAAUUACCAAGCCUAUUCAACGAACCAACAGCGACCGAUCCCCACAGGGUCAAAGUAAACCUACGCCCCAGAACGAUAACAGGUAUAACUUUUUACGUUCCAAAACUUCUCUGGAUCUCCGAAGUCGCGCAAUUCCGAGGAAUCCGGACGGAAUGCCGUACGUUACACCGUUGCAGCGCUACGAGUUGACCCUUCUGAUGAUCGAGGAUAUUCUAAAACGAGGCAUUUCGGGCAAAGAGAAUCAAUGCGUGACUGCGAAACGACUCUGCGAAAAUUUGAUAAGUUUCACGGUGAGCAUAACGAACGCUAAACGACGAACCCUGGAGGAUAAUGAUUUGUACUUUGACAAUCGGAAUGGUCUUCUGGUCGAAGUAUCUCACCAGGAAAAAAAGAUGCGUAGGAAGAGGGGCUUGGAACGCGUUCAAAAUCUUCCCGGAAAACUCGACCACGUGACAGUCGUCGCGUGCAACGUUGGCAAUGUAACUAUAGUAAACGUUUGAAUGAACGUAUUUAAUCCUUCCAAGAAAAGAAAAUUUUAUUUUUUUAUGUGCCAAUUUUGUUAUUUGAAAACUGCCAUUUUAUUUAUA